GUUUAAUAAUGCAUUUGCCGUGAUGUCGCGCCGGCCUUCGCCCCUCGAUACCGAAAAGUGUCGCCAGUGUACAAGUUUCUCGGACUACGCGAAAAUCGCACGACGCCAGGCUUAUGAAGAAAGUUCCGGAGAAGUGUCUUCGACCACUGGCUCGGGGACAUUCCGGACCGAUUGUCCCCUGGAUAAGGAUGAGUUGGGACGUAGUUCGUGGGGGCUCCUUCACACUAUUGCAGCGAAAUACCCCGAAAACCCCACCAGGACCGAACAGAAAGACAUGACUAGUUUUUUUACGUUAUUUUCCAAGUUUUAUCCCUGUGAUUUUUGUGCCGAAGAUUUGCGCAAAGAGCUGAAGGCAGAUCCACCUCAAAUCGCCUCUCAGGAAGACCUAAGUCAGUGGCUUUGUAGAUUGCAUAAUAGAGUUAACAAUAAGUUAGGUAAACCUGAAUUUGAUUGUUCCAAAGUUAACGAGAGAUGGAGGGACGGGUGGGCCGACGGCUCUUGUGAUUGACCAAAGUGUUUGCUUGUAGUUAAUAAAUUAGGUAAUUAAAAAAGU